GCUUGCACGCUAGAGUGUGAAGGACAGCUGCCUUCUCUCAAAAUCUGGGAAGCCUGCAAGGACCUCCUGCAGGUCUCCACGCAAGCGCUUCCUCAGGAGCGCACCAGCUCGCUCAGAGAAAGCGGCAAACAGGAUGAGAACCACCUGCUCAGCAAGAAGUACGGCGGCUUCAUGAAGAGGUACGGCGGCUUCAUGAAGAAGAUGGACGAGCUGUACCCCAUGGAACCCGAAGAAGAGGCCGACGGCGGCGAGAUCCUCGCCAAAAGGUACGGGGGCUUCAUGAAGAAGGAUGCGGAGGAGGGGGAUGCGCUGGCCAAUUCUUCGGAUCUGCUGAAGGAGCUGCUGGGAACGGGUGACACCCGCGACGGGGAGAGCCAGCGGCCGGAGGGCGGUGACAGUGGGGAGGACGUGAGCAAGAGGUAUGGGGGCUUCAUGCGGGGCCUCAAGAGAAGCCCCCCGCUGGAAGACGAAGCUAAAGAGCUUCAGAAGCGGUACGGGGGCUUCAUGAGGAGGGUGGGCCGCCCGGAGUGGUGGAUGGACUACCAGAAAAGGUACGGGGGCUUCCUGAAGCGCUUUGCUGAGUCCCUGCCCUCCGAGGAAGAAGGUGAAAGCUACUCCAAAGAGGUUCCUGAGAUGGAGAAGAGAUACGGAGGAUUUAUGCGAUUUUAGCAUCCUUUCCCGUCAGUGACCCCAGACCCUCCACCCCCAGCUUCCCUCUACCCCAGUGAGCAGAUGCCUCACCAUUGUGUUCUACUUUCAUGUAUUGCUUGCACUAGGGUCUGGAUGAUUAUACGGCCCGAAAGCUGUCAUUUCGGGCUCCAUGUACUUUUGAGAUGCUGUGAGUUCAGUAUUAGUCUCUUGCAUCUGUCCUGUUUUCAUGCUGAAAUAUUUUUGUUACCUUGUCACUUAUUUUGAAAAACAGUAAUAAAUGCUUCCUUGGAUGUAGAUACAAUAAACCCAUUUCCCCAACUGCA